GGCGGGCUCGCAGCGCUGGUUGGGCGGCGAGGAGCGGGGUGUGAUGCGGCACUGCGGUUCUGAGGCCGUUACUCUGGCUCCUCCACAGAGGGCGGAGGAGGAGGCUGGAGCGCGGCGGUGAUUUUGUGCCAGGGCUUCCCAGAGGCGCACUGAAAAGGCUGGCGGGGCUCAGGAAACUGGGGGGUUAGGGACACACAUUCAAGCCCCCAGCCCCCGGGAGGGGAAGGGGGCUGGAGGCGAGGCUUGAGGGCGGCGGAGGGAUGAUGUCUGCUCGGCGGGAAGGGGCGAGCCCUGCCUGUCGGUGGUGAGGGGCUGCGGGCAGGGGAGACUCUGCGGGUCGAAGCGGCAGUGGAACGUGUUGAGCAGAACGCGGGGGUCGAGCCUGGCGGCCGCUCGGAACCCUUAACGUGAUAUCUUACGUGGUGUUUCAUUUAGCCCACGUUGAGAUUAAUUCAUUGGGGGCAGCUUCGCUGGUCUGCCUCCUCCGGGAGCUGGGCAACCUUGACGGGCUUUUUGUCUGCUGCUCCAGCCCCUUUUCCCUUCCUCCUCCUCCAGAUGCCUUUUCUCUGCCCCUCCUCGCCCGGUACAGACAUUUCCAGCGCAGACUGCCGCUCGUGGCUGCUGUCGAAGCCACUUCUCGGGAUUUCGGCUCGUUUCCCUCUGGGGUGUUUUUUGGGGAGGCAGAGUUUUCCCCCCCUUCACGAUGGGAUUUUCUUCCCGUGCCAAAAUGGACUUGCAUUGAUUUCUACUUACUUUUUCAACGUUUAGUGACCAAUUCCCUAGGCGUAUUUUUGUGGUAGUUCCUUUUUUCAAAUACAUUAUCUGUAAAAUGGAGAACGAGAUUUUUACUCCCCUUCUGGAGCAGUUCAUGACCAGCCCCUUGGUCACUUGGGUUAAAACGUUUGGAUCCUUGGCUGCAGGAAAUGGGACCAACCUGGAUGAAUAUGUGGCUUUGGUGGAUGGGGUAUUCUUGAACCAGGUCAUGCUCCAAAUUAAUCCUAAAUCGGAGAGUCAGCGAGUAAAUAAAAAAGUCAACAAUGAUGCAUCACUUAGAAUUCAUAAUCUAUCCAUUUUGGUGAGACAGAUAAAAUUUUAUUACCAGGAGACUUUGCAGCAAUUGAUCAUGAUGUCAUUGCCAAAUGUCUUAAUCAUUGGCAAAAAUCCAUUUUCUGAACAAGGCACAGAAGAAGUUAAAAAGUUGCUUUUACUUUUAUUGGGUUGUGCAGUUCAGUGUCAGAAAAAAGAAGAAUUUAUUGAAAGAAUUCAAGGUUUAGAUUUUGAUACAAAAGCAGCAGUUGCCGCACACAUUCAAGAGGUGACCCAUAAUCAGGAAAAUGUGUUUGAUCUUCAGUGGAUGGAAGUGACUGAUAUGUCUCAGGAGGAAAUAGAACCACUCUUGAAAAAUAUGGCAUUGCAUCUAAAAAGACUUAUAGAUGAGAGAGAUGAACAUUCAGAGACUAUAAUAGAACUCUCUGAAGAACGGGAUGGUCUUCAUUUUCUGCCCCAUGCCUCUUCCUCUGCACAGUCACCCUGUGGUUCUCCAGGCAUGAAGCGAACAGAAAGUCGACAACAUCUGUCAGUGGAACUGGCUGAUGCUAAGGCCAAGAUAAGGAGGCUUAGGCAGGAAUUGGAGGAAAAGACUGAGCAAUUGUUGGACUGUAAACAAGAACUUGAGCAAAUGGAAAUAGAACUAAAAAGGUUGCAACAAGAGAACAUGAAUUUGCUUUCGGAUGCUCGUUCUGCAAGAAUGUACCGAGAUGAAUUAGACGCACUUCGAGAAAAGGCAGUCAGAGUUGAUAAACUUGAAAGUGAAGUCAGCAGAUAUAAAGAGAGGCUACAUGAUAUUGAAUUUUAUAAGGCAAGAGUUGAGGAAUUAAAAGAAGACAAUCAAGUUUUAUUAGAAACAAAAACUAUGUUGGAAGACCAAUUAGAAGGAACUCGAGCUCGUUCUGAUAAAUUACAUGAAUUAGAAAAAGAGAAUUUACAACUAAAGGCUAAACUGCAUGAUAUGGAAAUGGAACGUGAUAUGGAUAGAAAAAAGAUUGAAGAAUUAAUGGAAGAAAAUAUGACUUUGGAAAUGGCACAGAAACAAAGUAUGGAUGAAUCAUUACAUCUUGGCUGGGAGCUGGAACAAAUAUCUAGAACUAGUGAACUUUCUGAAGCACCACAGAAAUCCUUGGGCCAUGAGGUGAAUGAGUUGACAUCAAGUAGAUUAUUGAAGUUGGAGAUGGAAAACCAGAGUUUGACAAAAACUGUAGAAGAGCUUCGGAGUACUAUGGAUUCUGCAGAAGGCAACACUUCCAAAAUCUUGAAAAUUGAAAAAGAAAAUCAAAGACUGAGUAAAAAGGUUGAAAUUCUUGAAAAUGAGAUUAUUCAAGAAAAGCAAAGUCUUCAGAAUUGUCAGAAUUUAAGCAAGGAUCUAAUGAAGGAGAAAGCUCAGCUUGAAAAAACAAUUGAAACACUUAGAGAAAAUUCAGAGAGACAGAUUAAAAUAUUGGAACAAGAAAAUGAACAUCUGAAUCAAACUGUGUCUUCCUUAAGGCAGCGCUCCCAGAUAAGUGCUGAAGCAAGGGUGAAAGACAUUGAAAAAGAAAAUAAAAUUCUCCAUGAAUCUAUCAAAGAAACAAGUAGCAAGCUAAGCAAGACUGAAUUUGAAAAAAGACAAAUUAGAAAAGAAUUGGAACAUUAUAAAGAGAAAGGAGAACGAGCAGAGGAGCUUGAAAACGAAUUGCACCAUCUUGAAAAAGAAAAUGAAUUGUUACAGAAAAAGAUAACCAAUUUAAAAAUUACUUGUGAAAAAAUUGAGGCCUUAGAACAAGAAAAUUCAGAGCUAGAAAGAGAAAAUAGGAAAUUAAAAAAAACAUUGGAUAGCUUUAAAAAUCUUACUUUUCAGUUAGAAUCCCUAGAAAAAGAGAAUUCCCAACUCGAUGAGGAAAACUUAGAACUGCGAAGGAAUGUGGAAUCUUUGAAGUGUGCAAGCAUGAAAAUGGCUCAGCUACAACUAGAAAAUAAAGAACUGGAAAGUGAAAAAGAGCAACUUAAGAAGGGUUUAGAGCUCAUGAAAGCAUCUUUCAAGAAAACAGAACGCUUAGAAGUUAGCUACCAGGGUUUAGAUACAGAAAAUCAAAGGCUACAAAAAGCUCUAGAAAACAGCAAUAAAAAAAUUCAACAAUUAGAGAGUGAACUACAAGACUUAGAGACGGAAAAUCAAACAUUGCAAAAAAACCUAGAAGAGUUAAAAAUAUCUAGCAAAAGACUAGAACAGCUAGAAAAAGAAAAUAAAUCAUUAGAGCAAGAGACUUCUCAACUAGAAAAGGAUAAAAAACAACUGGAGAAGGAAAACAAGAGACUCCGACAACAAGCAGAGAUAAAAGAUACCACGUUAGAAGAAAAUAAUGUGAAAAUUGGAAAUUUGGAAAAAGAAAACAAAACCCUAUUCAAAGAGAUUGGUAUUUAUAAAGAAUCCUGCAUUCGUCUGAAAGAAUUAGAGAAAGAAAAUAAGGAGCUUGUGAAAAGAGCAACUAUUGAUAUAAAAACUUUGGUUACACUACGUGAGGAUUUGGUCAGUGAAAAAUUGAAGACCCAACAAAUGAAUAAUGAUCUUGAAAAAUUAACUCAUGAGCUUGAGAAGAUAGGGUUAAAUAAAGAGCGACUCUUACGUGAUGAGCAAAGUACUGAUGACAGUAGGUAUAAACUUUUGGAAUCAAAAUUAGAGUCCACUCUAAAGAAGUCCCUUGAAAUAAAAGAAGAAAAAAUUGCUGCUUUAGAAGCUCGAUUAGAAGAAUCCACAAAUUUUAACCAGCAGUUGCGCCAAGAACUUAAAACAGUGAAAAAGAAUUAUGAAGCUCUCAAACAGAGACAAGAUGAGGAAAGGAUGGUACAGAGCUCUCCUCCGACUUCUGGUGAAGAUAGCAAAUGGGAGCGAGAAAGUCAAGAAACAACUAGAGAGCUUCUGAAAGUUAAAGAUAGAUUAAUUGAAGUAGAAAGAAAUAAUGCUACACUGCAAGCAGAGAAGCAAGCACUGAAAACUCAACUGAAGCAACUUGAGACACAGAACAAUAAUUUGCAGGCUCAGAUUCUUGCACUUCAGAGGCAGACAGUGUCAUUACAGGAGCAGAAUACUACUCUUCAGACACAGAAUGCCAAACUUCAGGUUGAAAAUUCCACCCUUAAUUCCCAGAGUACCUCACUUAUGAACCAGAAUGCACAACUCCUAAUCCAGCAGUCUUCCUUAGAAAAUGAAAAUGAAUCAGUAAUCAAAGAGCGAGAAGACCUGAAAUCUCUCUAUGAUUCUCUGAUCAAAGAUCAUGAAAAGCUGGAACUUCUUCAUGAACGGCAGGCUUCAGAGUAUGAGUCUCUCAUUGCUAAACAUGGAACACUAAAGUGUGCCCACAAAAAUCUUGAGAUGGAACAUAAAGACCUUGAAGACCGUUACAAUCAGUUACUAAAACAGAAAGGACAGUUGGAAGAAUUGGAAAAAACACUGAAAGUGGAACAAGAGAAAAUGCUGCUUGAAAACAAAAACCAUGAGACUGUAGCUGCAGAAUACAAGAAACUUUGUGGUGAAAAUGAUAGGUUGAAUCACACAUAUAAUCAGCUUUUAAAAGAGACUGAAGUUUUACAAACUGACCAUAAAAACUUAAAAAGUCUUCUAAAUAAUUCCAAACUGGAACAAACAAGACUAGAAGCUGAAUUUUCAAAGCUAAAGGAACAGUACCAACAGUUGGACAUCACAUCCACCAAGCUAAAUAACCAGUGUGAGUUGCUAAGCCAACUUAAAGGAAAUUUGGAAGAAGAAAAUCGUCAUCUACUAGAUCAAAUUCAGACAUUAAUGCUACAGAACAGAACACUAUUGGAGCAGAAUAUGGAAAGCAAGGAUCUUUUUCAUGUUGAACAAAGACAAUACAUUGAUAAGUUAAAUGAAUUAAGACGACAAAAGGAGAAAUUAGAAGAGAAAAUUAUGGAUCAAUAUAAAUUUUAUGAUCCAUCUCCUCCUAGAAGGAGGGGCAACUGGAUUACUCUAAAAAUGAGAAAAUUGAUAAAGUCUAAGAAAGAUAUUAAUCGAGAACGUCAGAAAUCUCUAACAUUAACACCUACCCGCUCAGACUCCAGUGAAGGAUUUCUUCAACUCCCCCAUCAAGAUAGUCAAGAUAGUUCUUCAGUAGGUUCAAACUCUUUAGAAGAUGGCCAAACUCUGGGGACCAAGAAAAGCAGCACCAUGAAUGACCUGGUGCAGUCCAUGGUCCUAGCAGGAGGACAGUGGACAGGUAGUACUGAGAAUUUGGAGGUUCCUGAUGAUAUUUCAACGGGUAAAAGGAGAAAAGAAUUGGGAGCUAUGGCCUUCUCUACUACAGCCAUCAACUUUUCAACUGUCAACUCUUCUACAGGCUUCAGAUCCAAGCAGUUGGUUAAUAAUAAAGAUACUACAUCCUUUGAAGAUAUAAGUCCACAAGGUAUUAGUGAUGAUUCUAGUACGGGAUCAAGAGUUCAUGCUUCGAGACCAGCCAGCCUUGAUAGUGGCAGAACAUCCACUAGCAAUAGCAAUAAUAAUGCUUCAAUCCAUGAAGUAAAAGCAGGUGCAGUUAAUAUCCAAAGCAGGCCACAAAGCCACAGCAGUGGAGAAUUUAGCCUGCUUUAUGAUCAUGAGGCUUGGUCUAGCAGUGGUAGCAGCCCAAUCCAGUACCUGAAAAGACAGACCAGAUCAAGUCCAGUGCUCCAGCACAAAAUGCCUGAAAUACUAGAGAGUCGAGCACAUCACAAGAUCAAAAUUGGUUCCCCUGGAAGUGAAGUUGUUACUCUACAACAAUUUUUGGAAGAAAGCAACAAGCUUACCUCAAUACAGAUGAAGUCCUCCAGUCAAGAGAAUCUUUUAGAUGAAGUAAUGAAAAGUUUGUCUGUCUCUUCUGACUUUUUGGGAAAAAACAAACCAGUUAGCUGUAGUCUGGCCAGGUCAGUAAGUGGAAAAACCCCAGGAGACUUCUACGAUAGACGGACAGCUAAGCCUGAACAAUUUGUGAGACCUGGUCCUCGAAAGACUGAAGAUACCUGCUUCAUUAGUUCUCCAGGAAAACCUACACCAGGCACUCAAGGGAAGCUAAAAUUAGUAAAAGAAACUUCUCUGUCACGACAAUCAAAAGAUAGUAAUCCUUAUGCCACUUUACCUCGUGCAAGCAGUGUGAUCUCUACUGCCGAAGGAACUACUCGAAGGACAAGCAUCCAUGAUUUUUUGACCAAGGACAGUAGAUUACCUAUGUCAGUUGAUUCACCACCAGCUACUGCUGAUAGCAACAUCACUGCAGCAUCUAAUGUGGACAAAGUACAAGAAAGCAGAAAUUCAAAAAGCAGGUCUAGGGAGCAACAAAGCUCCUAAUUCUGUUACCCACUACAUGACAUGUGGGCCAAGUGAGAGAAAAGUGUCCUUCAGUUUCUCAGUAUGGAGCCUUUAUUUCUGAAGUAACAAGACACCCAACUAUAGGAAUCAUUUUAAAAAAUCUUUAAGGAGACUUUAAACAAUCCUUCGUGACUAGAGCAGGCAAGAAAUACAAACCUUCAUUCCUUCCUUGAAUCAAGGAGCACUACUGGAGUCAACUGCCAAAAUUUUUAGGUUUUAGGACUUACCAUACAUUGUACUGUUAAGAUCUACUGAAUAAAGGAUGUUCUCUCGCUAAGGACCAAGUGUUUUAAGGUUUCAAGAAGUUCUCCAAGAACAAUCUACUUCUUUCAUCAUUUGUUUAUGAAUUUAUCCAUGUUUGCUUAAUGCUUCUGCUAAGUAUUAGCCAAAAUCUAGCCAUUUAUAUUUAGUUGUGUAAAUCUAAAUUAAAUGCUGUAGUAUGUUGUGGAAUGUACUAUAUAUUAAGAUACAGAGAACAUUGUAUUGGCAUGUCAGCCUUAUUUGGUUAGCAGACUGCAUGUGUUGGUAUUCGUUUUUUUCUUUUUAAGCCAAUUAUUUUCAUGCACUGCAAAAGAAAUUCAGUUUAUAAGAUAAAUCUGAAAAAUCCAUAAUGAGAAUAGGAAUUAUAAAAAAUUUACAGUAAUAUUAAUCUUUCCAUAUUCCCCAUUAAGCAACGCUAAGCAUUCACACAUGGAUCCAAGGUAAAGAGUGUUUUUCUGAAACUUUUUUUUUUAGUAGGGUGGUUUUCCAGCAAAUGGCAUUCCCAAGAUAAAGAUGUUGUAUUUUAACUCAUUUCCCUUCUUUAGUAUUGGGUUAUGUAUGUGUGUUUGUUUUUUUAACUUGAGAGCUGACUGUUGCUUAAGAAGUUUUCUUAUGGCAAAAAUAAUGUAAAUAAUUUAAUAUGAUCUGCAUUUUGCCAAGAACUCAUUUAUUAUUAAGGUUAUCACUUAGUAAUACGAAUUUUCCUGUUUUUGUCCUUUAUAAUAUUACAUUAAAGUUGGUAACUGUUAUUGGUACUUUUGAAAUAUUUGUAUGCAUUUGUUACCUUAAACAUUUGAAAGAAGCACAAACAAAGUAGAUUUAGUUAACCCAGGGAAACAUCAAUUUUUUUGUAGUUCCAAUUUUAUAUCACAAUUUUAUUUUCUUAUGAAAUCAAAAAAUGCAUUGAUACUUAUUAAUACAAAUUCAUUAUUUAACAUAAAUAUCAGAAUAAUGUUAAAGGUCUGAAAUGAGAAAGAUACUGAUUUUUUUUUAUUUUAAAAGUAUACUUCUUAGGCUCUCAUUACCAGCUCUAAAAAUCUUUUUGGAAUUAUUCUAUAUUCCAUAGUGUGUAGUUUAUGAACUGUGUAUUUCAUCACAGUUCCUAGUGCCAUGAGAAAUGCGUCUGUCUCUCGCUCCCUUCCUCCCUCCCUGUCUUUCUCUCUCUCUUUUUUUUUUGGUAGGCCAGUAACAGUGUUGUGUUCAUAGUCUACUUUCAGAAAGACCGUUAAUGAAAAGAAAGACAGCAUGUAUAGUUGACCAGAAUUGAAAUGGAAGUUAGAGAACUUGGAUUUAUUUAACUUAAUGCCACCAUUAACUUAGGUUUUGCCACCAAAUAAUGCUGUAAAGUUAAAUCACUUUUACACUCUUGGAUGAAAGGUGCUAUGUAAAUGUAAAUACAAAGGAUUCUUACUAAAAUACAAAUAUUGACAUAUUUAAAACCUAUUCUCUAGGCUUUGAAACAUCUCUCUCCAUCAUGACUCCCUAGACUCAAGUAUCAGAUUGAUAAUGGGCAUCAUGGCAGUCUAGAGACACUUGCAUGUAAAAAAUGUAAAUUCAUUUUUAGGUGGAUAAAUUGAAAGUAAAUAUAGAAAUUAUGUUUUAGCUAAAUACAGUAAGUGGGUAACUUAGAUUUAUAUUAACUAGCAUCUAAUUUGCACAACUAGGACACAACCCAGGACAAUUACUAAAAGUUAAAAUUGAAUGAGUAGGAGGUGGCCCAAGGAGGGUGAACACUAUCACUAUCACAGCGUGACCUCCCCAGGACACUAAUAUCUUAAAAUAGAGAAGCUGCUGACUUAAGCAGCACAUUAUUGCUUCAAGUAGAAAAUGCUUAAGGGCAGCCUUUAAAGUACUGAAUCUGGUAGGCUGACCCUGAAAGUGCAGUUAAAGAGACAGCCAAGGGACACACUUGAGACUGCACAAGUAUGAAUAUUCUCAAUUAUAUUCGUCACCUUUUUCAUACCAUUUCAAGAAAGGACUAAAUAAUAACCACAUGAAUAUUUUAUUUUCUCCAAAAGAUACUAUCAGAAGCAAGCUUAGUAGGAAAUCACUCUUUUUCCUAAGAUAAACUACUUCUGCCAAACAAAACAUGGCCAACCAGAAACUAACGGGCCAUUUUCCUGACUGGGGCCUGACAUGCUUUUAAUUAUCUGGCUCUAUUCUAAAUCAACAUUUAAACCCCCAAGGAAACACAGGAAUUCACUUUACAGGGUAAUAGCUUCAGCCCAGAGCUCCAAUAAAGUGCUUCACAUCUGGCCAUGUGGAAACGUUUGGUCCAAGUUUUUGAACUGGUGGUUACCAAAGAGUUCAUGAAACAGGUUUGUAUGUAGCACCUUUCAUGCAAGGCAUGGUUAAGAGCCUAUUUAAAAAUCACUGUGCAUAUUACAGAAUUACAGCCACCUCACAAAUGAAGUAUUACAGCUUGCACUGUCUUAACAGUUUGUCAGGAAGUGAAAAAGAUAUUGUACCAAAUCUGGAAUUACAAUGAGGAGUAAUAAUGUACGCUAAAUGACUUUUGUAUUUUAAGUUACAUUUUAUGAGAAAAGUGGUGAAUUUUUGUGUUUUUCUUUUCCACUACACCUAGUCCUGAGAUGUAUUUUUUUCUUUAAGCCUUGAAUGAAUCCAAAAGGAGCCCAUUUUAUAAUAUAAACCUUGAUGUACAUGUUGAGCUAUUUGGACAACAAUGAAAAUGCCUUAAAAGGAAUGCUUAUGGAUAAAGUUGCACUUAUAACACCCUUUAACAAAACCUGAUUUUAAAUUGUCUUUUUCUUUCCUACUAAUAGGGUUCUCUUUUUCAGUGUUUGCCAUUGUACUUAUAACUGUUAUUAAAUAUGAAAUCAAAUAAUAUAAAAGCUGUAACAUUUCCUUUAAAAGUAAUGCUACUGAGGGAUUGGGAGUUAUAUGGCAAAAUGUUUAUUACUUGGCAAUACCUGAUAUCAGUCACAGAAAUCCAGUUUAUAACAAAAGAGACACCAUUGUUGGGUUGAUUUCUUUUUAAAAACCUUAUUUUUCAUUUUAGUUUUUAACUUUAUUUCUCCUAAAAAAAAUUAAGUUUAACAUUCACUUAUCGAACUGAUAUAAAAAGAAAUAAAGCAAAGAGGUGUUUUUAUAACAA